UUGUAGAGACGUGCAUGUUGGAGGUUGUUGUUUAGCUUACGGUCGGAGGGGUCGCUGCAGGGACAGAACGUUUCUGUUUUCAACUUCCGCCCGAGGGUUCAAGCUUCCACCGGAAGUGUGCUUGUUCUCUUUUACCAGGGCCGAUCCAACAUGGGACGAGUCAGGACCAAGACGGUGAAAAAGGCUGCCAGGGUCAUCAUCGAAAAAUACUACACCCGGCUGGGAAAUGACUUCCACACCAACAAGAGGGUGUGCGAAGAGAUAGCCAUCAUCCCCAGCAAGAAGCUCCGCAACAAGAUCGCUGGGUAUGUAACACAUCUGAUGAAGAGGAUUCAGAGGGGUCCAGUCAGAGGAAUCUCCAUCAAACUGCAGGAGGAAGAGAGAGAGAGGAGGGACAACUAUGUACCAGAGGUGUCUGCUUUGGACCAGGAGCUGAUUGAAGUUGAUCCCGACACCAAGGAGAUGCUGAAACUGCUGGACUUUGGCAGCCUGUCCAACCUGCAGGUCACCCAACCUACUGUCGGCAUGAACUUCAAGCAGCCCCGAGGAGUCUAAGCUCUGUACAGUAUCUUCCCAAUAAAAUCCAUUUGGGACAAAGAGCUCUGCUGUAGGACUGUUGAUUUGUGGACAUCCGUUUUGCGUGUUUUCUCUCUCCAAACUUGAGGUGUUAAGCUAUCCUUUUCUCAUAAGUGUAGGACCAGUUGGGUGAAACUAAAUAAACCCCAUCAAUUAUUGGCUGAAAAUGCAAUUAUGUUUGUAAAUUUGA